AUGUACUCUCAACACACUGCCGAUGGGCCCCUGUCCCCAGUACUGACUGUCUCUUCCAACGCCGAGGCUACUCUACCACCAAAGACUGUAAUCACAGCCACGCGUUCUCCUUCCCCGCAUGGUGGUGUCGGUGUAUCUACCAGUCAUGAUCAUCCUGUCAACGCCUUGUCGCAGCUACACCGCCAAUACGUCAGUCAAUCUGAAGUAGAAGAUGCUAUUCGACUAGCCAUUCACGUCCAACUGGAGAACGCUCCAUUUCGUCUAAUCAACACCUCUACUGGACGUUUGUGCAAUCAAGAUGCGCAGAUCAACGCAUUUAUGGGAAGUAAAGAGUAUAAAGAGCUUUCACAUUCAUCAGUGAUACACGUGCCAGUCCAAACGCGGCCCAUCAAAGAAGCGGUCGUGCAGUACUUCGAGGGUCAUGUUAUCGCACAGAUGGGAAACCCAGGAGCCAACGCUCUGCUCGCGAUGCGGGGCAUCGUUGGGCGUGGAGCGAUACGUGCUGCAUCGACCGGCUCGACACUGUCGAGCUCAAUGUUUCAGACCACUCCAUGUUCAUCCGGUAUCACUGCUCAGCGCUCAGCACUCACCAUUGUUUACCUAUCGGAUGUUCCUUCAUCAAAGUCGGGCGCGCUCGCAAACAGUGCUUGGAACACGCGAGCAUGGAGUAUUCCAGAACUCCUGGCCCCGAAAGAGCCUGUCAGUAUUAUGGAGGAGCUGGAGCAUUCAACUGGCAUAAAUGCGCAGGCGCUCCUCGCCUUCCGCCCGGGGACGAGAGAUGCCAGAGAGAAACUUCAAUGGGCAUCAAUGCGUGUCACUGCGCGGGAUGAAGACCCUGUUUGGAAUAUUCGGCAUCUACAUUCCUAUAAUCUACGGAGAAGGAAGACACUUCAACAGUUGCCUCCCAGCCAACAUUUCCUCAUACAAGACUCUGCCAUGCAUCCCUGCUCAUUCAUCCAUGCAAUCGGCAUGAUCUCGAGGACUUUACAGACGAGUCGCAGAGCGUAGAUAAUUGGUCUGCUGAGCCUGGAGAUGACGAGCUGGUAACCAGAGGGUUGAGGUUGCUCGUUCGCCUUGUUCGUCCUUUUGGC